AUGACGCCACUGCUGAAUCAAACAGAGGUGACCCCAGUCUCAUUCAUUCUUAACGGGAUCCCGGGCCUGGAGGACAUGCAGGGCUGGAUUUCCUUCCCAUUCUGCUCCAUGUAUGUUGUGGCGGUGGUUGGGAACUGUGGACUCCUCUACCUCAUCUGCUAUGAGGACUCUUUGCAUCGGUCCAUGUACUACUUCUUGGCUAUGCUUUCCCUUACUGACCUUGUCAUGUGCACUGCUGCAAUUCCUAAAACUCUCUGCAUCUUCUGGUUUCAUCUCAAGGACAUUGGAUUUGAUGAAUGCCUGGUCCAGAUGUUCUUCAUCCACACCUUCACAGGAAUGGAGUCUGGGGUGCUCAUGCUUAUGGCCCUGGACCGCUACGUGGCCAUCUGCUACCCCCUGCGCUACUCGGCCAUCCUCACCAAUGCUGUCAUUGCAAAGGCCGGGCUUGCUACUUUCUUGAGAGCAGUGCUGCUCAUCAUUCCCUUGAUUUUCAUCACCAAGGAACUGCCCUAUUGCAGAGGCACCAUGAUACACCACACUUACUGUGAUCAGCUGUCUGUAGCCAAACUAUCCUGUGGAAAUAUUAAGGUCAAUAUUAUCUAUGGUCUUAUGGUUGCCCUCCUUAUCGGAGGCUUCGACAUCCUGUGCAUCACAGUCUCCUACACCAUGAUCCUCCGGGCGGUGGUCAGCCUCUCCUCUGCAGAUGCUCGGCAAAAGGCCUUCAGCACCUGCACCGCCCACAUCUGUGCCAUUGUCUUCUCCUACAGUCCUGCCUUCUUCUGCUUCUUUUUUAACCGCUUUGGGGGCCACACAAUCCCUCCAUCUUGUCACAUUAUUGUGGCCAAUAUUUAUCUGCUUUUGCCUCCCACCAUGAACCCUAUUGUCUAUGGGGUAAAGACAAAGCAGAUAAGAGACUGUGUCAUAAGAAUCCUUUCGGGUUCCAGGGACACCAAAUCCCACAGUGUAUGA